AUGGAGAAUUUCGACCCGAUGGGCAUCCACACGGGAGACUCGAUCGUCAUCGCCCCCUCGCAGACGCUCACGAAUGCGGAGUACUUCCGGCUGCGGGAGUGUGCCCUGAAGGUGGUGCGCCAUUUGGGCGUGGUGGGGGAAUGCAACAUCCAGUACGCAGUGGACCCGCACAGCCAGGAGUUCCGCAUCAUCGAGGUCAACGCGCGCCUGUCGCGGAGCAGCGCGCUGGCGUCGAAGGCCACCGGGUACCCGCUUGCGUACGUUGCCGCGAAAUUGGCUCUGGGUAGCGAUCUGGUGAGUUUGCGCAACAGCGUCACCAAGUGCACCACCGCCUGCUUCGAACCCAGCCUCGACUACGUCGUGGCGAAGGUCCCCCGCUGGGACCUGCGCAAGUUCUCGACGGUGGACCAGGAGGUUGGCAGCUGCAUGAAGAGCGUGGGCGAGGUGAUGUCCAUCGGGCGCACAUUCGAGGAGACCAUCCAAAAGGCGCUGCGCAUGGUCGACGAGGCCUGCAAGGGCUUCGACUCCGAGCGCUUCGACCUGGAGCUGUCCCACCGCGGCGACGAGGCCACCGCGCACGAGGCGACCAGGGCGGAGCUGAUGCGGCCGACGCCGACGCGCGUGUGGGCGAUCGCGAAGGCCUUCGAGCUGGGCAUGGACGUCGAGGAGAUCCACGCCCUGACCCGCAUCGACCGCUGGUUCCUGUCGAAGCUGCUCCACGUGCACACCGUCAAGCACGCGCUGCGCACCGUGGACCUCUCGGGCCUCGCCGCCAGCCCGCAGCUGCUCCGGGAGGCCAAGCGCUGCGGCUUCGCGGACCGGCAGAUCGCGCCCCUGCUGCGCUUCUCGGAGGGCACGAGCGCGCGCGGCAAGUGGGACUACAACGGUGGCCCGGUACUCGACUACAACAUCCGCGCCCUGCGCAAGAGCGUGGGCGUGGUGCCCGUCGUGAAGCAAAUCGACACUCUCGCGGCUGAGUUCCCCGCGCACACCGCGGUGGCGGACCUCUACCUCACGUACAGUGGCAUCGAGAACGACGUGCAGCUCGCUGGCCUCGCGGGCACCGGUUCUCAGAAGGACGCCGCCAGCGAGGCAAGCGCACCGAUCAUCGUGAUCGGUUGCGGGCCGUACCGCAUCGGUAGCAGCGUCGAGUUCGACUGGUGCUCCGUAUCCUGCGUCAAGACGCUGCGCGGGCUCGGCAAGCGCGCCAUCAUCAUCAAUUGCAACCCAGAGACCGUCUCAACCGACUUCGACGAGUCGGAUCGCCUUUACUUCGACGAGCUCAGCCACGAGACCGUGCUCGACGUGGCCGAGAUGGAGAAGUGCGCCGGCAUGGUGGUGUCUGUCGGCGGGCAGAUACCCAACAACCUGGCCAUGCGGAUGCACCAGGUCGGCAUUAAGAUCCUGGGCACGUCGGUUGAGUCAAUCGACGCUUGCGAGAACAGAUUCAAGUUUAGUCAGCUCUGCGACUCGCUCCGCAUCGACCAGCCAGAGUGGUCCGAGUUCACGACAGUGGAGGAGGCCUUCCAUUUCUGCAAGCGCGUCAGCUUCCCCGUGCUGGUGCGCCCAUCCUACGUGCUCAGCGGCGCCGCCAUGCGAGUGGUGAACUCCGAGUGCGAGCUGGAGAGGUUCCUAAAGGCAGCGGCAGUGGUGAGCCGCGAAUACCCCGUGGUGGUCUCGAAGUACAUCGCGGGGGCCAAGGAAGUCGAGCUGGAUGCCGUUGCCCAGGACGGCACGAUGCUGAACUACGCUAUCGCGGAGCAUGUCGAGAAUGCCGGCGUGCACAGCGGGGACGCUUCCCUGCUGCUGCCAGCGCAGAAGCUCUUCGUGGAGACGCAGCGCCGCGUGAAGCAGAUCGGGCAGAAGCUCUGCCGAGAGCUCAAGAUCUCUGGCCCGUUCAACAUCCAGUUCAUCUGCAAGGAGAACGAGGUCAAGGUGAUCGAGUGCAACCUGCGCGCGUCCCGGUCCAUGCCCUUCAUCUCGAAGGUCUACAACAUCAACCUCAUCGAGCUCGCGACGCGGGUGUUCCUGGGGCUGCCCGUGCACGCCAAGCCGGUGCAGCCGAUCGACAUGGAGUACGUUGCGUGCAAGGCGCCCGUGUUCUCGUUCGGUCGCCUGAAGAACUCCGACCCGAGGCUCGGCGUGGAGAUGCAGUCUACUGGCGAGGUGGCGUGCUUCGGGGUGAACAAGUACGAGGCCUUCCUGAAGGCGAUGAUCGCCACUGGGUUCAAGCUGCCCGCCAAGAACGUGCUGGUGUCCAUCGGCCCGCACCAGCAGAAGCAGGAGUUCCUGCAGGUCGCCCACCUGUUCGUGGCCAUGGGCUUCCAGCUGUACGCGACAAAGGGCACGCACGAGGUGCUCAAGAACAGCGGCAUCGAGUCUUGCAUCUUCACGUUCAAGGCAUUCGUGAAGAGGGAGCCGAACGUGCUGACCAUGCUGCAGGGAGGCAGGCUCGACCUGGUCAUCAACGUCCCAGAGUCGAUGGACUCGCAGGCGCUCACGGACGGCUUCGAGAUACGCCGCGCGGCCAUCGACAGCGGCACCUCUCUGAUCACGGACAUCAAGACGGCGAUCCUCACCGGCAUGGCCUUGCAUCGGAAGUGGGUGCGGGAGACGUCUGGGCGGGCGUUCUGGUCCUACAACUCGUGGCAGGAGUACACGGAGACGAGCGACAUUCUCCUGGCGUAG